UUUUUUUUUCUUUUACUGCACGGAUAUCGAAUCUAUCGCCCGGUCCUCUCUCUUUUUCUUUUUCAUAAUCUUGCUCUAUCUUUUCAUCUUUUCUCACUCCUGCUACUGCAUCUAUCCCGUGCUCAUUGUUCACUUUGCAGGAUUGCAGACAUCUCAUUUGCUUUGUUUCUUUUGAAUUGUCACGCAUUUCUACACACAUAAACAAUUCUCUCUUCCUAUUCUCUCUCUUCUCUUUCAUUUCUCUCUGUGCUCCUUUGUCCCUGUAUUUGGCUCUUUAUUUCCGAUCAGUGUUUUGCCUUCCGUUUUCAAUUGUAAAUUGAUCGCUACACAAUGAGCAAGAAUCCAGUCAGCAGGAACAGGAAACUAGGUGCUCUAGUUGCCUACACCACUUUGGCAUGUACAUUGGUCUCUGCAGGAGUAUAUCUAUAUUGUCAACAGCAAAAAAAUAGCGCUUCUCGUCGUUCAUCCACAGAUAGCAACAAUACUAGUGGUGCGAGGAACGGCUCUAGUCAGGAUCGGAACUCUAGAGGUAGUCUGGAUAACGGAAAUCGUAGAAACAAUAGCGGGCAACUCGACGAUGAGCGAUCAUCAGAGGCUCAGUCAUCGUCUUUGUCAAGGCUCGGAUCAAGGAUUGCAAAGACCGUUAAAAGGAACCGCAAAGUCAUGACUAUCUCACUUAAAAAUACUAUUGUAUGGAACCCAUCACCCGAUCCAACAACACCCAACUACGGUUUUGUGGAGGGCGCGGUCCCAUUGCUAUUUCAUCUAGCUGAGAACUAUAAUUUGCACUUGAUUUUACUCUGCCCCUCUUUGACACAGCAACAUCAGAAUGGGAAGGACCGAUCCAAAUUGAUUGAUCCUCGUCAGGUCUUGAUCUGUGAAACAGAAGAAGGAGUUGGUCAUGUGGUUCGUCAUUUGGAGAGUCAAGUUCAUGUGGAGGCACUACAGAGUGUGCUCGAGAUGGUCCAAGGCGUUGUUCCCAAAGUUGUGUUUGUACAAAAGAGACCUGGUCACAGCAGAGCAUCCUCGAUUGCAAAGAAUGGGCAAGAAGGAGUUGAAGCAGGUAAUGGUCAGGUAAACGACGAUAUCAUGACGAGAUCGCAUGUGCGUGUACGAUCCUCUUCUAGGGGCUCGAAUUCAGGAUCAGAGGAUCAUCGUCAUAAGAGCGAAUCAUCUGUAUCGCCAUCCUCAUCCCAAAUAAUGGGUGAUUCAUUUGUGGAAGUCAUCAAGCCAUCAUUAUCAUCAUCAUCGCCAACAUUGGUAUCUAGAUAUGUGACUCAAGCAGGCAAGAAGGGCUAUGUUGAAGUGACGCAUCAACUGACACAAAGUAGUCUUAAUCCAGAGUAUAGUAGCUAA